CGUUGGCCAGCGCGGUGGAUAUUUCGCAUAUCCGCUUAUCAAAUCCGCAGAAUCGUCAGUAUCGGAACGGUAUCGAGUUUUGAAUUUCGACUUGCCAUAAAAAGAGAAGAAUUAAUAAACAAAUCCAGUGUGCGUGCCAGUGUUUGUGUGCUUUGUCUCAAUGAAAUGCCAAACUAAAUAAGCUUGGAAAAGUUUUCCAUCCAGUUUUUAUGGCAACCAGCGGAGCCCAAAAAAGUGUCAAUUGAAUUAGCGUCUCGGAGGCCAGAAAAUAAAGAGCAAAAGAGAGAUUGUUAAGGCGCAACAGGUGAUUGGAUCGCAGACCAAAAAAUCUUUAGUGGUGUUGCCUUUAAAACAAAAACCACCUGUGGCUCCUCCUUAAAUUUGUAGCGACACCCCCCAACGAUCCUCUUUGGAUUCCAGCUAAAUACAGUACGUCGACAGCAGAAAAACAAAUACAUCAACUGGAAGGAAAAAGAAAAGAGAAAGCAAACGGCAAAGCAAAAGUAAAAGCGAAAGCGAAGCAGAAAAAGGAGCAGUCGCAGGGCGGCGGGCAUGGCGUAUACGCAAUGCGCAGCAUGUGCUAUUACUAUCGCUGCUACUGCCACGGCCACCUCGAGUCAAUUAAGGAAUUCACACGCCAGCGGGCACUGUAAUUGAAACCCACACCUUGUUCACCCUGCAUUGGCUUGGUACUAGCCUUAAAUACUCGAUCGGGAAAGGGGAAUCCCCACGAACACCCUCCAAAAUGUCCGCCUUCCGCUAUUAUUCGAUCACGGACUUCUCCUUCGAAGGACCCCUGCUUCCGCUGCACGAGGCCGCCGCGAGUAAGGAUGCCAAGGACAGUCCCAGUUCGGAGCUGAACAUACCCUAUACCGUCUUCGAGGUCCUGGUUGCCAUCGUGAGCAUCAUCGGCAACGUCCUCGUGAUCAUCGUCUUCCGCCGGGAACGAAAGCUGCGCCGCCGCACCAACUACUAUAUAGUAUCGCUGGCCAUGGCCGAUCUGCUGGUGGGCAGCUUGGGCAUACCCUUCGCCAUCCUGGCCUCCAUUGGACUACCGCGAAAUCUUCACGCCUGCCUCUUCACCGUCUCUCUGCUAGUGGUUCUAUGCACCAUCUCCAUAUUCUGCCUGGUGGCCGUCUCCGUGGAUCGCUACUGGGCCAUCCUUUAUCCAAUGGCCUACUCUAGAAAUGUCCGCACCCGUACAGCAAUAUUCAUCAUCUCGAUGUGCUGGGUGGCCGGGACAAUAGUGGGCUUCCUGCCCCUUUUUGGCUGGCACGCGGACGUGCACCACAACCAGGAGUGCCUCUUCGUUGAGGUAAUGGACUACAACUACCUCGUCUUCCUCUACUUUGCCACUAUAAUCACUCCGGCUCUGCUGAUGCUGGCCUUCUACACGCACAUCUAUCGCGUCAUUAUCAAACAGGUCCGUCAGAUCGUUACGAUGAACCCCGCCUCCGAUCUCAGUCGUCGCUCCUCGGCGGCAGUGGUGCAGAUAACCACGCCCGGAAGGAGCGGACAUACGGGAACAAUGUUGCGGGUUUUGGGUGCCGCCAGGAAGCGGGACGUCAAGGCCACCCAGAAUCUGUCCAUCAUAGUGCUGUUCUUCAUGAUCUGCUGGAUACCGCUGUACACGAUCAACUGCAUCAAGGCCUUCUGUCCCAGCUGCUAUGUGCAUCCCAAGCUCACCCUAUUCUGCAUCAUUCUUUCGCAUCUGAACUCGGCCGUGAACCCGGUGCUGUAUGCGUAUCACCUGAAGGACUUUCGGGCAGCCUUGAAGAACUUACUGCUGAAGAUGAUGGGCGUGGACAUUGAUCAGCAGGCGGAGGCCAUUCAUCGAUUCUCGGUGGCCAGUCAGCAUCGCCUCCAGUCCAUGGACUCCAAUAUGCGCUCCACGCAGCCGCGCCUCUAUGUGGGUGAGUAUUCACCCAUCUGGCUGAGGCAGCAGCAGGAGGCCCUGAAGAACUCCCAACUUUUGCCCAAGUGUGGAGUGGUGUCUCCCUGUUUCAACAACAUCAAUCAAACGGUGGCCGCAGUGGCUUCAGUUACCACGGAGAUCGAGCGGGAAAUGUGGAACAUAGUGGAGGCCUCCAGUGGCGCGGAGUUGGGUGAGACCAGCUAUGAGUUCCCCUCCCCAGCUCCGGCUUCCCAGCGCAGCAGUGAGCGGAACAGCAGCUCCACGGUGCCACCUGCUCCUCCUGCCCAUCCUGCUCAGCCUGUCAAGCCCUCACUUCCGUCCUCCUCCUAUGACAACCACAACUUCAGUUUUAGCCAGGAUGAAGAUGACGAGGAUGACGAUCUGGAGUUCGAAGAUGUCUUCGUGCCACCCAGCUCAGUGCCCAAUCCCGCACAGCCUGGCAUAGAUCCUGCAGAGCUUCGUCGCUCUUUGGCUCUGGUCAUGAGGGAGAAGCUGCGAUCGGAUGACACCGACUCCAGGCCAAUGGGCAACAUUCAGGAGAUUCCUGUGGAUGGGGAGUCCAGGGAUAGACCUCUGUCUAUUCAAACAUCGCCCACAAAUGGUCCACUUCCAGCGCUUCUGAGGGCCAAGCUAUUUGCUGGGAAUUCCAAUAGUGCGCACUGCCUGCCAGGAUCCACUGCAAGUCCUGCUGCUCCCAAGGAAUCCGGUGUCUUUGUGAUCGACAGUGAGGCGAGUCCCGGCUCCAAUGGACACAAGCCCAAGUACCGAAAGGGCACGGCUUUGACCAGGAGCUCUCUAAAGAAGAGCAGAUCCUGCAACUGUAGUUCCCUAGCCAAAGGAUCCAAAGGCGCUCACGAGGAGCACAGCAGCAAUCUCAGCAGGGAACAGCAGGAUCAGCAGGAGGUGCAGCAACCAAAAAACCAACCCACAGAGAACUUCUUCAGUCCUUUGAGAUCGGUGGGCAGCUUCAUGCAGCAUUCCAACCUGUUCCACUUCCUCCAGCCUCAUCCCGUCCGUCCCACCUCAUCGACGGCCUCGUCCUCGGCCUCCACGCCAACCCCCUCGCCACCGCCCAUGGUCCAGGAGGAAUCAAUUCCAGUGGGUCUGACCACUUCCUCGCCAUCUCUUCUGGCGGCCAGUGCGGAAAGUUGACCUUCUUCGGUGGAGGAGGAGCAAGUUCCGCCGGAGGAUCCGCAAGAAAAGGAUCACAAGGUCGAGGAAGGGGCACAAGGUGACCCCUAAGGAAAUACUCGCAAGUCAAAGCUUUUACAUUAAGUACUUCCCAGCUCUCAUUAGCACUCUAUCUCAAGCUCUUUGACUUAGUAAAACGUUGUCAAAUUCUAUCGGAUCUAGAUCAAUUAGUUGGGUAGUGACAGAUACAUAUAGAGAUUAGGAGCUACGCGCAUUUAUUUUGAGUGUCUGGUCAAAUACGUUUCUAUGGAGUAGUUAAUUAUGUACAUAUGUUAAAUGUUGUUAGAGUAUAUUUAUGUGUAUAUGUCUGCUUAUGUAUACCUGAACGUCUGUGAAAACCAAG